CCAGGCACCGGGCUGUGUGUGUUUCCCCAGGCUUCCUGGGACCCUGGCUGGGGUGGGGGGGGGACAAGAGCAGCGUUCUACCUGUGUGCAGGAUGAAGCUGCCCUGCGGCUUCUUCCUCCUGUGGUUUGGCCUGGUGGGCAGCCUCGCAGAGAACGACCCCAGCCUCAAGGAAGACGAGUCUUUUUCGGACUGGGGCCUGCGGCACCUGCGGGGCAGCUUCGAGUCGGUCAACAGCUAUGUCGAUUCUUUCAUGGAGCUGCUGGGAGGGAAGAAUGGAGUCUGUCAGUACCGGUGCCGAUAUGGAAAGGCACCGAUGCCCAGACCAGGCUACAAACCCCAGGAGCCCAAUGGCUGCGGUUCCUAUUUCCUGGGUAUUAAGGUACCAGGAAGUAUGGACUUGGGCAUUCCAGCCAUGACCAAGUGCUGCAACCAGCUGGAUGUCUGCUACGACACCUGCGGUGCCAACAAGUACCGCUGCGAUGCAAAAUUCCGAUGGUGUCUCCACUCCAUCUGCUCUGACCUCAAGCGGAGCCUCGGCUUUGUCUCCAACGUGGAAGCAGCCUGUGAUUCUCUGGCUGACACCGUGUUCAACACCGUGUGGACCCUGGGCUGCCGACCCUUUAUGAACAGUCAGCGGGCAGCUUGUAUCUGUGCGGAGGAGGAGAAAGAAGAGCUAUGAAGACGAGAUUCUUCCAGGCUCUGAGUGACUCCUCGGCUCCGUUUCAGAGACGGCGGCGGUGUGACAGAGGCGCCGCUCUUUCUACCUUUGGAGACUGCGAGUUGGAGAAGGGAGACAUGUGGCACGCCUUGAGGAAGGUUAAGGAAAAGAGAUGCAGAAGCUGACGACUGUCCACUCCAACGCUGGUCUCCCAGACAAGACACGUGUGCCUGGAAAUUCAGUUCUUAGAACAGCAAGCAGAUCCCGCCAUUCACAAAUGAAAUCUGGGCGAGCCCAAACAUGUGGGAGACAAGGGCUUUCCUCCGGCCCCUGCUUCGGUUGCCAGUCAGCGCCUCACAUUUAAUAAAGUGCACUUUUUAGAAAACCUGAAGAGAGAUGAAUGAAUUCCGUUCUCAACGAUA